AUGAUCCCUCCAUACACUGCCAUUUUGGCGUUAGCCAGCACGACCCUUGCCGCACCAACGUUGUCUGCACGCGAGAACUUCGAUGAGUCCUGGGAUGACCCAUUCAUCCCAGAGCCGAUCAGCUUCGAGAUCCGGAACGCCGGCGCUCAAUGCGACUACCAGCUUGUAUACGAGCGUUUCUCAGUAGACAACCGGUACUCCAUCGACUACAUCGCAGAAUAUGCCGAUGGAAGCCAGACAAAAGUGAACGGACUUUCCGGAACAUUGGCGAGAGACAAGCUCUGGCUUGUAGACGGCCUGGAAGAAGAUCGAGCAUUUCAAGUCGUGUUCUUCCAGGACAUCUGCAGUUCAGGCACGGCACCAAGCUCCUUCCGCGUCAACGCCAGACUAAAAGGCGGCUUUACCUAUGAGAACAACUGGACAUCUGACAGCUUCGACAUCACCGAAGGCAGCCUCCCAGGCAACCCCCAGAACGUCCAAAUCUCGUCCGCGGAAGACAGCAGCACGGUGUCUUGGGAUGCUGUGCAAGGUGCCAGUGGCUACGUCGCCAUUGUCCGAUGGCUUGUUGAUUCUGAGCUGGGACCAGACUCGAUUCCGUUCGUGUGGGCUCGUGAAGUCGGAGCGGAUGCCACGUCGUUCACGUAUGAUCGUGAUUUCACGUCUGCGUCGGUGGUUGCGAUUGGAGACAAUGUGGCUUUCACGCCGUUGGAUGUCGCGUAUGAUGUGACUCCAUCAUGA